UUUCAGCCAGAGAGUUAAGCAGACAGUCUUUUACUGCACUGUCGUGGAAAGAAAAUCCCUGUCUAGGCAUGGGCCUGAGCACACAGCACUGAGAGGGGAAUGACUACUAUUCACAUGGUGAUUAUAUCUAGGCAGAAAGUAAUUAGGAGAAGUCGGACUUCUAACCCAGACUGUGGUGGAUGCUAGAAAGACUGGAGAGCUCCAACACUGCAUGAGAUCACCAACAGAAAGUGCUUUUCAAAAAACAUCUCCAACUUCAACCUGCUCUCUGGUCUAAAUGUGCAUGGGAAGCCAACCCUCCCUUCAAGGCCAGGCCUGAGCAGUGCCGGGAUACUUCAGCUGCAUAUCUUCAGCCGCCUCCAAUUUAUUUCUGAACAACUCCAGUGGCUAAGGUAUCCCAAGGGGAAAGAUUUACUGGAGGGGAGAACUACCAAAGCACAAAUUGUGAGAAGUUGGCAAAGUCAAUACCAGGCAAGUCUUCAUGAAUAUUCUUUCAAGGAGCGCCAUUGCCUCGACAUACCAUUAAUGAGAGAGUCCUUGUCAGUGGAGGAGGAUAGACACACCGUUGUGUCACAGAGCAAGCCCUCAACCCUUCCAGAGGUCUCCCAUUGGUGCAAACUGAUUGAUGAGUGAUUGCUCGUUGAUCGAUUAGCCUUCCUCCCAGCUGAUGCAGUGAGGCCAGUCUGGUUGCUUCAUAUGAUUUGUAAACUUUUCAAGCAUUAAUCAGACAGAGACAAAAGUUGUGAACUUUUUUUUAAUGUGUUGCCGUUUUUUGAGUUAAGAGUCAACUCAACUGAUACAUUGGACUGGCAGCGUUCGAUUGGAACCUCUUGACAUGGCUCUCAAUAUAUCUUCAGUAAGGGACACAAAAUGGCUGACGUUGGAAGUGUGUCGGCAGUUUCAGAGAGGAACUUGCUCACGGAGUGAUGAGGAAUGCAAAUUUGCACACCCACCAACGAGCUGCCAGGUUGAAAAUGGAAGAGUUAUUGCCUGCUUCGACUCGUUAAAGGGUCGUUGUUCAAGAGAAAACUGUAAGUACCUUCAUCCACCUUCUCAUUUAAAAACCCAGCUAGAGAUUAACGGACGCAACAACCUCAUCCAGCAGAAGACGGCAGCAGCCAUGCUGGCCCAGCAGAUGCACUUCAUGAUCCCAGGCACGAGCAUGCAGCCUUUACCUGCGUUCAAUGUCACCCAGGGGCUUGGUACGAGCCCAGGUCUCAGCUACUCUCCUUACCUUACACCCAUGACCUCCAUGAGCCAUGGGAUGAGCCUGAUACCCACGGAGCUGCUCCCCAACACCCCAGUCAUGGUCCCUGGAAGCCCCCCGGUCACACUCCAGAGCUCAAACUCGUCCUCUUCCCCCUCACAGAAGCUAUUGCGCAUCGACAAACUGGAGGUGUGUCGUGAGUUCCAGCGGGGGACCUGUGCGCGAGGCGAGACGGACUGCCGCUUCGCCCACCCCAGCGACAGCCCCAUGAUCGACACCAGUGACAACACAGUCACCGUCUGCAUGGACUACAUCAAGUCGCGCUGCUCCAGGGAGAAGUGCAAGUACUUCCACCCCCCUGCACACUUACAGGCCAAAAUCAAAUCCUCUCAACACCAGGUCAACCAUACGGCUGUGGCAGCCCAGGCAGCAGCUGCAGCCAUGACUCAGUCGACUGCCAAAGCAAUGAAGCGAACCUUCGAGGCAACUGUAGACCUGCAGGCAUUCCCUUAUGGCUGCCUGCAGCCCCUACCAAAGAGACCAGCACUGGAGAAGAACCACGGGGCCAGCUCCUUCUUCAACCCCAGUAUGUUGCACUACCAGCAGGCUCUGGCCAAUGCACAGCUCCAGCAGACAGCUGCGUUCUAUCCCACAGGGUCAGUGUUUUGCAUGUCUCCUGCUACCGGCGUUGUACCCAUGAUGUACAGUGCUACGCCUGCUACUGUCUCUGCAGCAACUACUCCUGCCACAAGUGUUCCCUACGCAGCAACAGCACCAGCCAAUCAGAUCAUCCUCAAGUAACUAACAGGAAAGGAACAGAGUGUCAAGACGCUGCCCUUAGAGGUCCCAAACAGCCCGUCUGUAAAUACUACAUUUGCUCCACAAGAGAACUACAGCAACCUGCAUGCUGAGAAGAAGAUUAGAGGCAAUGUAUAACAUUGAGCAAUGGUAUAUAUAUAUACAUAUAUAUAUAUAUAUAUAUAUAUAUAUAUAUAUAUAUAUAUAUAUAUAUAUAUAUAUAUAUAUAUAUAUAUAUAUAUAUAUAUAUAUAUAUACAUAUACAUAUACAUAUACACAGAUAAUAUAUAUAUAUAUAUAUACACAGAUGAUAUAUAUAUAUAUAUAUACACAGAUGAUAUAUAUAUAUAUACACACAGAUGAUAUACCAGUGUUGCUAGGACUACUACCAUUACUGAUAUGUAAAUGUAUGAUUUUAUUAUAUGUAUACACACAUGAUUGGGGAUUCUGAAAAUGUAAUUGUAAAGGUAUUCAACAAUUACUUUUAUGACCUUUUUAAUGUUUUGCUAAAACUACACAACUCACCCAAAUCAAACUUUUUUUUUUUUUUUUUGCAGAAUUGAUUGUGCAUCUUAAGUGUUUGAUUCCUUUUAUUUAAAACAGACCAUUGAAAAGCUCUCUUGUUUUUACCCCAUAUACAAAUGUACACUUGGCCUGUGCAUCAGGCUGGAAGGAGUGCUCUUCUUGUUCUUGUAAAGGAUGAAUGUGACGGAGGAUGGAUAGUCUGUUGUUCUCUGAGUAUAGGAUCACUGCUCCCCCUCCCGGUGUGCCUUGGUCCCUUUAUGAUGAAGGAAUAAGACAUGAUAAUAGCAGAACAUUUCAUUCUUCUACCUUAUGGUGGCCAAAUGGCAGUGAUAUAAUCAGCCACUAAUUCCAGAAUUGAUCAUGAAUCUAGCGAUCACUGGUUCCAAGUGUCUGUUUGCGUUUAUGUCUAUUGGGCCUUGAGUAUUUUAGCAUUCAUCCAAGAAAUACCAGAUGUGCCAAUGACCUAGCAGAGUGAUUGGUGGGCUGAAAAUAAGCCACCUUAGAGGAUUUGAAAGUCUUGAGUAAGAGUUUGGUGAGCUAUUAGACAUUUAAAGGGUUAGGUGGUUAUACUCCGAGGCCACAGACAUUAAAUGGGGAACAGAAUGAUAAGACUUCAAAAGAAAGGCACAGUACAUGUGGUGAUCUUUGUUAAAAAGGCUGACUUACACAUGACGGGAGGUCACUUGUUAAUCCGGUCUUAUUUUAACUGUAGAAGUGCCUAAAGUAAUGUGUGUGUGUAUAACAUGCAUCUUCAAAAAGGCUGUGUGAAAAAAAAGAUUCCAAAUUAAAUAGAAAACCCUCACAAUUUCUCAAAACACUCCACACUCUCACAAUAAUCACUCCUGGAAGAAAAUGAACACCUUUUUUUGUGUGUGUGAUGUGAAUUCAGUGCAUUGGUACUCUUUGUACAGUGGGUUCGUUUUUACAGCAUUAUCUUUUCAUUGAUCAUUGACUUUUUAUUAUUAUAUUUUUUUUUUUAUGUCAAUAUCUGACAGAUCUGAACAUGACUGCUUUGGCAUGAUGUUCAGUAAGGGUUCAUUAUGUAACAUGGUUUAGCUUCAUUCUUAAUGAGUUGAAUGUAUUUUUUUUUUUUUUUGCAACCCAAAAAAAAGUGAUUGGAGGUUAGAAAACCUGGAUAUGUAUUGUAAUUCUAUGUAGCUAACUCAUUCUUCUCUUUAUACAGCUGUCUUUAUCAUAUCCUCACGUUUACUGCAUUGAUAUCAUAGUCUAACAUCUUUCAAGCAGAAUGUAUCACAAUACAUGUUUUAGUGGUAGGACGUGGUCACAUUACAAAUGUAAUGAAACUCGUACAUAUGUCAUUGUCAAAGCUUCAUUGUAUUUACAAACUGGUCUAUAAAACUAGCACUUACAAACAGAAGACCGAUUUAUCCACCAGUGCAAAGUCUAUACAUGUUAUUUACAGUAGGGUAUAAAAGACUAAUGAAGCCAGUUAUUUACAGAAGGAUAUAAAAGAUUAAAAUAAAGUAAAAAAUAUUGAACUAUUUACAAUUUAUCUACACGUACCAUUAUUUUACCUUUUUGCUCAAACUUGUAUGUUUUAUUUGCUCUUGAAAUAACAGUAAAAAAAUUCACACAGGCGCAAACUCGAAAUGUUACCCAGUCUUUCAUUCUCCCCUUUUCAUUUUGUGUGUGAGUGAAAUCUGUCUGUAAACAUAAAAAAAAAAAAUAAUAAUCUCAACAGUAUCAAGGAGAUUUUUUUCCAUGAUGUUUGAUCAAUUCAGACAAUCAACAGUGAGACUCCUUCACUCAUGUCCUCACCAUCUUUGUCUUUUUCCAUCACUUUUUUUAUUUAACAUUUUCAGAAAAGUUAAUUUUUAUGUAACGUUUGAUGGAAAUAAAUGGAAUAUACUUAGUUUUUAUUUGUUUAACAUUAGUUAUUGAACAAUGUUGUAUUCUAUUUUAAAAUGAAUGUAAUUUAUUAAGCUGAGCUUUGCUCUGCUGGUGGUUCCUCAAAGGACCUGUCCUGUCACGUUAGCCUAUGAAAAACCAUCUGUGAUCAGGGAUGGAAUGUUGGAGCUACCAAUGGUAAGCUUCCACAUCUCGUCCUUGUCACUGCCUUGUCACUUAUACAGGACAACACACUGCAGUACGAGCAAGGUUGUAGAAUUGCUUUUAUUAUGUAUAAAAACAGUUUAUUGUAUAGGUCACAGUCUACCAAAAAAAAAUAAACAUUUAUGUUAAUGUACUUUUCAUUGUAGUACAGUAUAAUUUCAUAACUAUAUUAAGUUUUCUCCUAAAGUUGCAAUUACGGAAGCUCUGUAUUUUUGGAAAUUAUGUAAUUGUUACGCUUUUCUAGAGCACUGCAACACACUAGAUUGUAUUGCCGGAAUCUGAACAUUUCCUAUGUUAUGGCAAAAACAAUAUGUUCAGUAUCAUGUUGCCUUGGUGUCACAAAAUAUUAAUUUAGCAUUUGACAGCCAACCCAUGGCAUUUACAUACAUACCCAUUAAUACAUGCUCUAAUCUUUCUAUUCCACCAGAUAAAAUGUGUCCCUGGACUCAUACAGACAAGGGAAAACAAAAGUGCUUUGAGUUAAACAUAUAGUCUUGGGUAUGGCUAAUGUGGCAGUGAUUCUCCUAAAUUAUGUCAAAUGUUGACUUAAGGCGUCUUUCACAAGAAACAAUGUUUCUAUGGAAAUUUUUAUUUCAGUGUUUUAAUUUCAACUUGAUUUUUGCUAAAUGUUUUGAAUGUUGUUAUAGCUAGUUAAAUCUGCACCUGGAAGUCAGUCGAGAUUUUUAGAUCACCCAAUCAAGAGUUGGACAGUCAGAAUGUGUUCACUUUUACCCAAUAGUAACAGGAUUCCUUAGCACUUUGUGAACAGUUGGUAAACUGAUCUGAGCAGACUAGCUUAUUAGUGAUCUUUGCCUUGCCUUUUGAUGUAUUGUUCUUAAGUUGUUAUGUGUUAGGACUCAUGAAAUAUAAGGAUUGUAAUUAGUCUAUUGCAAUUUGUGAAAUAUGCUGUUUUAAUUCUCACUACAGUACAUUUUCAUUUUGAGGUCAAAAUGGUAGAUUGUAAAGAGUGCAGUCAAAUAUUUCACUGAGAAAAGCUUGAUGAUGAGAAAACUGACAGGUGCCAUUCUAAAUGGUGCUGCUACAGUUACUGCAGGGUUAUGUUUAAACUGCUGUGCUGGUUCACAUAUGGUUCCAUCUGUAGUGCCGUACUCUAGAACAGAGGGGACACACCCUUACUAAUUUUGAAUCUGUUCAUGUGGCAAUUUUAAAUGUUUUAUUUGUGCUCAUUUAUGUUAUAUACAGUAGUUUUGGUAAAUGCAAAAUUGUGUAAAAUCUAAUGUUAAAAAAUAAAUAAAAGUUUAAGUAAA